GAUCACAGCAGGGGUCACCAGUUGAAAACAACACGCUGCUAUUUUCCUGAAGACUCUUAAGAGGCUGAAAUUGGCAAGGCAGCAGGCAUCUUUUUUGUACAAUGGCAGCAGAGAAUAAUCCCUAACAGCCUUUCAUGACCCUUAAUCACCCCACAUAUGCAAACACAAACAUCACCGCUCAUUAUAAACUCAUGUUUUCUUGCUAAAACAUCAAUCAUAGUCAUUCAAAUGGUUUGAUUGCCAAAUCAUUGGCUGAUUUGACUACAAUUGUUUGAUUUGAUAAUUCUGUUGUGUGAUCAGACAUUUGGGUGGUCAAUUGUAGGAAGGCGGUGGUCUCCGCUGCCUUGAAUUAGUGUAAUCUCAGACAGGUUAAUGCUGAUCUUGAUUAGUAAUCUGAUUGUUAUGGAUUUAAUCUGACCCAGGCAGCUCCAGAGAUUUCAUUGUUAUUGCCUAAAGAAGAGCAAACCCUGCAGAAGGCAAGAAAAAUUAAGAGAGAAGAAAUGUGAGAAUGAUUUCUAAUAUCUGCACAGUUUUUUUUAGCUCAUUCAUGAGCUUAUACUUCAGCACACUCACCAUAUAUCACUCAUUAAUUUUCAUUAAAAUAAUAUAGUUACAGAUCUUAUCACUGUUUUAAAAUCAGAAACUAAUACAGGGUUUUAUUCAAUCUAUGUAAAGUUUCAGAAUAAUAUUUGUUUAUUUAUAUUUGGCAAUGGUAAGAGGUUUGAUGGCCUUUGAUUUUGUUUAUUUUUUAUGACUGGUAAGGUUUCAUUAUCUUUUUCAACUUGUAACCUUAUUUCAGUCAUAAACAAGUACAUUUAUUAUUUUAUAACAUAACAGCUAUCAAAAAGUAUAGCAAUCACAUUUUUUAGUUUAUGUAUUUGUUGGAGAAUGUCAAGAGGUUUCUUGUUCUUCAGUGUUAUCAAUUUAAAUUUUAUGACUGUGGAAAGGAGGUUUUAGGAUCCUUGCCAGGUUUUUCUUCUAAUUAUAGUCAUAAAAUAGUCAUAAGUUCUUAUUAUAGUCAUAAAAAUAUAUUAUUUUUAUGACUAUAAUGAGAAGGUUACAAAAUCCCUGUUAGCUCUCUUUUUUUCUUUCUUUCUCUCUUUAUAUAAGACUUAUGAAAAGGUUUCAUGGUCCUUAUAAAUAUUUAAUGAAAUUGUUUGUCUGACAGUUGAUGACUAUGUAACACGUUCCCACACUUUUACUGCAUAAAAAACAACAACAGUAAGAGUCCGAUGCUCAACUACGUUUGUUAGGCGAAAGCAGUUGUUUUAAUGGUGAAUUUUUGUAGUAUAGCAACAUGUGUUUUACAAGACCUGCAUGACUAGUAAACAAGCUUACAGUAAAACCUAGAGUAAUUAAUUGCAUUUUACACUUGCUCGUUUUAUACAGAACUUAAAUGCAUUCUUUAAUCGCAGCAACAAAAUGCAAUCCGUACAGUUACAGACAUUCACACAUUAGAGACAAACUGUUGUUGUAUAUCAAUUUAAAGGAGGUCAUACAUAUUCAUGAAUUUGGCGGAGGGGAGAUUUUGUUUACAUAGGUUAUCACCACGGACAGCUGGAGUUUUACAGUUUUCCCUCACUACUUCAGUUUUACUAUAAAUUGAUUUUUGUCGAUGAUAAACGCCACGUGUUUAAAUUAGUUAUGAAGUGUUAUUUGUUAGUGCGGUGUAAUGAAUCCUCCCCCCUCGAAGAGAUAAUUUGGUUCAGUCCGAUCUACAGCUCUGAUUCACUCAUCAGUCAGUCAGUCAGUGAGCGCCAGUCUGUGUGUAUGUGAGUUGAACUUUUACAGCAUAAAACCUCGAAAACAAACAUACACUCGGGAUUUUAAUAAGCGAUAUUCAAAAUGAAGGAGCCAAUACCAGUGAGCAUAGCAUCUUGAAGAAAAAAAGGCCUGUGUGAGUGUGCGAUUGUAUGCAUGUGGAUGAGCUUCCAUAGGCCAUGUCUGUCCCCACCAAACAAGAGAGGACAGUAUGUGUCCUCCUUCCCACCAAGGAGACUUUGGACAUCACAGUGGGGCUGAAAGCAACGGGUCAAGAUGUGUUUCACCGUGUCUGCGAGCUUCUCGGGGUUAAAGAGCUGCACUACUUUGGACUGACUUUAGUCAAAAACAAUGAGCACAUCUUUCUGGACUUGGAAGAGAAACUUGCCAAGUACUUCCCUAAGGAAUGGAAACAGGACUCAGGGAAGGGGUCACAGAGGAGGUCAAUCCCUCCCCUGCUCUGUCUGAAGGUCCAGUACUAUGUGGAGAAUGGCAGACUCAUCUGUGAGCGUAAAGCGAGAAAACUGUACUACUUUGAUCUGCGAGAACGAGUCCUGCGCUCUGAAUGCCGACAGCAGGAGGAAGUGUAUUUCCAGCUGGCAGGAUACGCUCUACAGGCCGAUCACUCUGACCACCCCUCAGACGGCCACAGUCAGGGACACGCUAUGUAUUUCCAACCCAAAGAAUACUUCCCACCCUGGAUAAUUGCGAAGCGUGGCAUUGACUACCUGCUGUGUCAUGGGCCCAAGGUUCAUAAAGAGCUGUGGGGGAUGUCCUCGCGUGACGCUAUCCUGCUCUUUAUCAGAGAAUCCUGCCGUCUGGAGGAUGUCCCAGUCACCUUUUAUCGCCUACAAAAGGACAAGAAAGAAGAGAAAGGUUCAGCGCUCCUUGGACUCACUCUGCGAGGAAUGCAAGUGUAUCAGGAGGUGAACAAUGUACGUGACCUGCUGUAUGACUUCCCCUGGUUUCACGUGGGACGGCUCACCUUUCUGGGGAAGAAGUUUGAGAUCCAGCCGGAUGGUUUGCCCUCUGCGAGGAAGCUGGUGUACUACACGGGUUCGGCUUUUCGUUCCCGACAUCUUCUGCUGCAUUUAAGUUCCUGUCACCGAUUGUACCUCAGUUUGCAACCUGCGCUCAAACACCUGAGACAGCUGGAGGAGACAGAGGAAAAAAAGAGGUAUCGUGAAUCGUACAUCAGUGAUGAGCUAGACCUGGAUCAGCCGUGCAGCGAGGGCAGUCCCCGUCUGUCUCGACAAUCCACCAGCAGCUCCGGCAUUGAGGCGGACACCAGGCAAAACAGCGUCUCCGUAGAGAUGGUUUCCAUGGAGGAGAAGGAAAAGUCCUUCAUCUCUGCCGUCAGUCACGGCUCCUCACACACCUCUGACACGGGCAGCAAAGCUCGGACCGAUGAAGAUGAGUGGCGGGAAGAAGAUUUGCAGGAUGUUGUGAAGGAGCCUGGCGAGGUCUCUGUGGAUGACCCUGUGGAUAUCUUGCGAUUGGCUGAGCUGCUGGAGGGCGUGUCCGUCGACUGUCCACCCAUCCAAUCAGACACUGAAUUUGAAGGUCUACAAAUGAGUGCAGUUACAGGAAACGAUCAAAUGGACCAUUGUGAUCCAGACAGCAUGAAACAGGUUUCAAAUCAGAAGGCCCGAAACCCAGCUGACCGCUACAGUCUAAGUCUGGACGACGUGCGACUGUAUUCCCCUCCUCUCCCUCUGGGAACGGCGUCGGUUCCAGACACCUCCGUCAGCUACACAUUCGGGCUCCCGCAUUCACCAACCAGCCCGUGUCCAGACGAUACUUCAUUCUGUGUCCAGCGCUCCACGAACUGCCUAUCUCUGGACAUGCUGGAUGAUAACCAGCCGCUGGAGCUUGUCCUUUAAGAAACUGUGAAGACACAGCUUCCUGUUGUCUGAAGCGUUAGGACACAUUUUUAUCAGGAAUUUUUAUCAACCAGCGCUCAAAUGUGUUUCUAUGCUGUUCAACAGCAGGACAAUAUGAACAGCAGCGGUUUAUUUUUACAGAUUAUACAACGUAGAAUUUUCUAAAGAACUUGUUAAUAAAUAAUCUUACAAGAAGCAAGGCAUUACUACGCUAACACCGUGUCCUUGAUGAAAUUAGUUGAUAAAACUUAUCUGUUCCAAGUAAAUGCUAACCGGCUGAAUCCUCAAUAAGCAGCAGGAUGCCCCGCCCACAGUGAACUCUCAUUGGUCCAGAUCCUGUUCUGCAUGGCUGAACUGUAUAUUAAACAUCAAAACAAAACAUUUUCACAUUCUUUUGUGGACAGACAAACUACUUGUUGGUUCGCACCAGGUUAGGACAUGGUGUAACAUGUUAUGCUACAAAGUUUGUUUAGGGAAGAAAACUUUGGACCUCGCAAUUUCACAUGGCUUGACAACGUCAAUCUUGAAGGAACAAUCUCUGAAUUACUUUAUGAAUACAGACAGAAGCUGCCAGAAAAUUCACGGAGAAGACAAAAACAUGUCUCGUUCUCAUGCAAUAAAAUGCCAUACGUUCUUUUAAACUAAGACUUUUAACUUGGAGCUCCAUAUAAUGUUACAUUACCAAUGUCAAUACAUCAACUUAUUCAGCCAUGUACAAUAGCGCAAUGGUUAAUCAUAUCAAAUAUGAUACAUAAAUUCAUGUUCACCACCUGUUCUCCGGUUUCAAACAAUAAUUGAGUAUAGACAAUACUCUUGUUCCUAAAUUAGCAUGUGUGAACCCUUGUAAACCUGCAAUCAUGAUUGGAACAAGGUUAAAAGGUCAAACCAAAAUAUUCCAUGUAUGUUUUCUGAGAUCUGACCGCUGGUUUAAUAUAAUAUCACAUAGUUCUUUACAACACAAGUAAUAACUGGAAUGAACUUUUAUUAGAACAAAGACUCUUUUGCUGUAUACAGAUCAUGUUUGUUUUGUUCAGGAUAUGUGGAGCUCUUUUGAUUUCGAUAAUUACAAAACACACAUCAAGCCCUCAGAGGUUUUGUACAUAAUGGUGGGUGUAAUUUCUUCAUCUAUGUAUUGUAAACACACAUCCUAUUAAAAGCAUGCCCAUAUAUGUGUUCCUUUCAGUGAAAGGAAAAACACGAAGAAUGAAUAGUAUGAAUAAACAUAGCUGGUGUUUUUAAUUACAUUGUACAAUAUGUAUAUGUGUUCUUUAUUACAUAGAAAUACAAUAAACUGAAAAAAAGCAAUUAGCAUAACCACAGGGUUGACCUGAAAAACAUGGUUACUAUAGUUAAACAAUGGUAAGCACAAAUUAACCAUGGUUUUGCUAUACUAACUAUAGUUUAACCACGAUAUUUGUAGUGAAACUGGUUAUACAAAAAAACAUAUGGUUACAACACUUUUACUAUAAUAAAACCAUGGUUAAUUUUCUUAAGGGGUUUGUAUUUAUGUAUUUUUCUUGUUUCUUUUUCUUUGUUUUGUUUUAAUAACUGUACUGCUUUAGUGGUUUGAUGUUUUGUACUGUUUAAUAAUAAUAAAAAAAAGAAUCAGGAAAAAAAUCGCGAUACGCGCUCCGAACUUCGAUCUGAAUCAAAAGAUUCACGAUAAUUUGAUAGUGGUAUUCGGGCUUUGACACAGUGAAUCAUUUUGCAAUGCAAAGGUUUAACUGAUUCGG